CCUUAAUUUCAAACAUGUGAUUGAACAUGUGGUUAAGCGGAAGUGAUACUACGCGACUGCAACAUGCUCGAUUUAAAUGUCAUGUACAGCAUGCUCAAUGAAAGCAGAAGUCAUUGAUAAGAAAAAUUGUUUACAAACAUAUUAACAAUCAUGAGGUUUGCAUAUAAAUUCAGUAAUCUGCUUGGUACUGUUUAUCGCAAGGGUGAUUUAGUAUUUACUCAAGAUGGAUCGACAGUCAUUAGUCCUGUGGGAAAUCGGAUAACAAUAUUCGACUUAAAAAACAAUAAAUCAAGUACCCUACCUGUGGAGAGUAGAUACAACUACACGUGCAUCGAUCUAUCCCCCAAUGGAGCUAUAUUAAUAGCAAUUAAUGAAGAGGGUGAAGCUCACGUAAUCAGUAUGAUCAGUAAAAUGGUAAUACAUACGUAUAGGUUUAAGCGGCGUGUAAGAUGUGUAAAGUUUUCCCCAAAUGGUAAACAUUUUGCAGUGUGUAAAGAAAAUAACGUGUUUAUUUUUAAUGCACCCGGCUUACAAACAGGCGAGUACAAUCCAUUUAUUAUGGAGCGCGUGUAUCACGGAGCCAUGGACGAUACGACAUUCGUUAAUUGGUCUUAUGAUUCAAAGUUGAUCACUGUUGGUUCCAAAGAUAUGGCUACCAAAGUAUACAGUUUAGAAAAAUACGCGAACUUCAGAUAUAUCAAUCUUGGUAGUCAUUCUGAUGCGAUUGUAGCGUGUUUCUUUGAGAAGAAAAGCUAUGAUCUGAAUACGAUUAGUAGAAACGGUCAACUAUGUAUUUGGGAGUGCACGAUUGACGCAGAAGACUUAGUACCUUGGGAACCUCCUGCCAAGAAAGAUAAGCAACAGACAGACAGCGAUGUAGAAGAUGAUGUUGAUUUAGAGAAGGCUGUAGAGAGAACGGAGAAGCAGAAUAAAGCUCACGAGCGCAGCUUAAAAAAAUCACGAGUCUCCCCUGAAAGAGGAUACAACAAUGAUAGCGACUCCGAUUCAGAAGUAAAGAAAUUCCGCUAUAAGAAACUAUGUCGUCAUUAUUUAGCGAAUGAUGUUCAAAAGCAGCAACACGAGAAAGUUAUACUUACCGCGGCUGCGUAUCAUCAAGAAACUUGUAUUCUAGUAGUAGGAUUUAAUAAUGGUUCGUUUUAUCUGUACGAGAUGCCUGACGUGAAUAUGAUCCACUCUCUUAGUAUAUCGGAUCAAUGUAUCUCGUCUAUCGCGAUAAAUUCAACUGGCGAUUGGAUAGCCUUAGGAUGUUCCACGGCUGGACAAUUACUGAUAUGGGAGUGGCAAAGCGAAACUUACGCUAUGAAACAACAGGGACAUAGUAAUAACAUGAACUGUCUCGCGUAUAGCCCGGAUGGUCAGUACAUCGUCACUGGUGGCGACGAUGGAAAAGUUAAAUUAUGGAAUACGAUGAACGGAUUUUGCUCCGUUACGUUUCACGAGCAUACGUCCACGGUGACGGGUGUUUUGUUCAGUCACAACAGGAAAUUUAUCGUUUCCGCCUCGCUUGAUGGAACUGUCCGAGCCUACGACUUAGCAAGGUACAGGAAUUUUAGAACUCUUACUUCACCGCGACCAGUGCAGUUUUCCUGCGUUGCGUUAGACUCAAGCGACGAGUUUCUUGCAGCGGGAGGCCAGGAUUUCUUUGAGAUUUAUUUGUGGAGCGUUAAAUUGGGCAAACUCUUGGAGAUAUUAAGUGGACACGAAGGUCCCGUUGUCAGUUUGGCGUUCAAUCCGAAUAUUACGAGCUCGGAAUUGGCGUCAGUUUCUUGGGAUAAAACAUUGAAGAUAUGGAAUGCAAUCGAAAGUGGUUCCGCGCACGAAACGAUACAGUUAACUGCAGACGGUAUAUACGUUACGUACAAACCGAAUGGCGAAGAAGUAGCGGUGGCAACCCUGGAUGGGAUGAUCGCGUUUUUUCAGUGCAAAACAGCAACACAGAUCGGAAGCAUCGAAGGUAGAAACGAUUUGGGAAGUGGAAGGGCCGAUACCGAUCUUAUCACGGCAAAGAGAAACCUGCAGGGCAAAGCUUUCAAUACUUUGUGUUAUUCAGCCGAUGGCACAUGUAUACUAGCUGGUGGACAAUCUAAGAACAUAUGUAUUUAUAACGUUCAGGAAUGUAUGCUUAUCAAAAAGUUUGUCGUAUCGCAGAAUAGAUCGCUGGAUGCCGUUGAUGACAUCAUAAGUAGGCGAAAUUUAACCGAAUUUGGAAAUUUAGCCCUGGUAGAAGAACGCGAAGAAAAUGAGGGAGGAGACGUGACGUUGCGUUUGCCAGGUGUUAGAAGCGGAGACAUGGCGAGUAGGAGUAUGAAACCGGAAGUGAGAGUAUUUAGUUUACAGUUCUCUCCAACAGGACAAGCCUGGGCUGCAGUUACAACGGAAGGUCUGCUAAUAUAUUCCUUAGACGUCGGUCUAGUGUUUGAUCCGUUUCAGUUGGAAUUGGGAAUUACGCCAGAGACUGUGAAAGAAACUCUGAACGAGAAGGAAUACACAAAAGCAUUAAUGAUGGCGUCGAAGCUGAAUGAAAAGUUGCUAAUAAAGUGUGUCCUGGAGAACAUUCCAUGCAGGGAUAUCGAAUUGACCGUGACCGAUUUGCCCGAUAUCUACAUAGAGAAAGUACUGAAAUUUGUAGCAUCAGAAUUAGAAUUAACGAGGCACAUACAUUUUUAUCUCCUUUGGAUAGAAACCAUACUGACUAAACAUGGUCCAAAACUCAGCUCUGCAUUUCAAAUGCCGGUAUUACUGAUGCUGCAAAAAACUAUGCAAAAGAAAUACGAUGAUCUGAGUAAAAUAUGCGACUUCAAUCAAUACACGAUGAGCUAUUUGCAAAAGCUCGGAGAGUACAAUGCUGAAAAGUCUGUUCCUAACAAGCUCACGUCAGAGACAGAUGAAGAAUCGGAUAUGCUUUCAAUCGAAGAAUUAGUAAUUAACUAAAAGCACGAACGUGCGCAUAUAAAUAUCUCAUGUAUAUAUCCGGAUUAUGUAUAAGAUUUUUGUAAUAAAUUUAUUAAAUAUUCUUUA